GGCACUCGUGUGCUUUCUGACAUUCUCACCGCCGCGAUUUGAGGUUAGCCGCUGAGUUUUAUUUUGCCCCUUUUUAUUUGUUUAGCAAAAUAGCCGAAAACAGAGGAUAAAAUGCCCAAUUUAGUGAAAUUCGGCGUAAGAACGUGUUACUCCCUGCCAUGGAGGAGUCUCCCAGCGGUGACUACACUCACCAGAACACAAAUUUCCAGGCGGUUUUUCUCGAAGCACGUGCGAAAUGAUACGAAACCUUUAUUUGAGGGAACGAAGACUCUGUAUGCGGAGAAAAGAUCGAUUUCACUCUCCGCGCAGGAUUGCAAGGAGUCUCAGGAGAAACCCACUCAGGAAGCACAGCAACAGGUGUCAUCGGGCGGCGAGAAGCCGCCCCCGGAGUCUCAGGACAGCAGCAAUCGUCUCUAUUGGCUGCUCCUUGCCGUCAUUCUGCUGGCCGGCGGAGCUGCUGUUCUGCAGAACUACAGCGUCUUCGACUCCAAGGUCCCGGACAAGCAGUCCGAGGAUGAGGAGGCGAAGAAACGGCGGCGAGUGCCAGCCACGGCGGGUGAGAUCCCCAAGGAGGUGCCGUAUCUCCUGAUUGGCGGCGGAACUGCCGCUUUCGCCGCUUUUCGUGCCAUAAAAUCUCACGAGCCCAAGGCGAAGAUCAUGCUGAUCACGGAUGAGCUCGAGAUGCCCUACAUGAGACCGCCUCUGUCCAAGGAGAUCUGGCAGAACAGCGACGCGACCGGCAAGCUCUCCUUCAAGCAGUGGAACGGCGUGGAGCGCAGCGUCUUCUACGAGCCCGAUGAGUUCUAUCUCAAUCCCAAGGACUUGCCGGACACCGCCAACGGCGGCGUGGCCGUGGUGCGCGGCUACACAGUCGACAGACUGGAUGUGGUGCAGAGCACGGCCGUUCUGAGCGACGGCACUGAGAUCAAGUACGGCAAGGUUCUCCUGGCGCCCGGCUCGAUUCCCAAGAGCCUGGGCGUCUUCUCCAGCGCUCCGCUGGCCGUGCAGGCCAGGGUGUCGACCUUCAAGACCAUCGCGGACUACCAGCAUCUGCUGAAGGUGCUGGACAAGGCCAAGUCCAUCGCAAUUGUCGGCGGCGGCUUCCUCGGCAGCGAAUUGGCGUGCUCUCUGGCCAAGUACAACGGCGCCAAGAGCCCGCAGAUCUUCCAGAUCUUCCACGAGCGCGGCAACAUGGGCAGAGUUCUGCCUGAGUAUCUCAGCAAGUGGACGACGGAGCGCGUCCGCGAGGAGGGCGUCACGGUGUUCAGCGGGAAUCAAGUCGUGAGCGCUGAGAUGAGUGGCAAGCAGGUGAAGCUGAAUCUGAUCGAUGGGAAAGUCGUGCUCGUGGAUCAUGUGAUCGUGGCGGCGGGAUCGGAGCCCAACACGAAGCUGGCGGACAAGUCAAAGCUGGAGUUGCACCCGGAAAUGGGAGGAUACAUCGUGAAUUCCGAGCUGCAGGCCAGGAGUAAUGUUUAUGUGGCUGGCGAUGUGGCGAAUUUCUACGAUCAGCGGCUGGGGCGCCGCCGCGUGGAGCAUCACGAUCACGCGGUGGUUAGCGGACGACUGGCUGGCGAGAACAUGGUGGGCCUGAAGAAGCCUUACACGCAUCAGAGCAUGUUCUGGUCGGAUUUGGGCGCCAAUUUGGGCUACGAGGCGAUCGGAUUGGUGGACUCUGGCCUGGAGACUGUGGGCGUGUUCGCGCGGAGCGAUCAGGAGAGUGCCACGAAGGUGGUUGAGAACGCGCAAAGUGAUCCCGGUGAGGAUUACAAGAGAGGCGUGAUCUUCUACGUGAAGGAGAAGCGCAUUGUGGGCGUUCUUCUGUGGAAUCUCUUCAAUCGCAUCAACAUCGCCAGGAAAGUGAUCAAUGAGGAUGUGGACACGAGCGAUUGGAACGAAGUGGCGAAGCUCUUUCACAUCUAUGGCCAGGAGGAGGAGUCAAAGGAGGCGUCAGAGUGAAGAGGAAUUGUUUUAUAUGUCACAGUAAGGAAUAAAUUUCUGCAUUUACAGUUCA